AGUACCAGAAGAAGAUAACGAGGAAGAACCAGCAUUGUUCCACUAUUGGACUGCUGCUCACCUUCAGGAUAUUUAUUAUGCAUUACAACUAUGGAACACUUGGUUACCAGUUGUCCGGAGAAAGCGAACAGCCGCCUUUCUUAGAAUCUCCGAUAGGUAUGCUGAACCUCAUUGAAACGUGCCUGGCACUGACUCUUUUCGGCGGUUUGCUGAAGCAGGACUCGAUGUCCACUUUCCACCACUUCCUGUGCUGUUCGGCCGCAACGUACUUCUUCAACGACUUCUGCUUCUUCUUCACGUCGCUGCUCUCCCGGCAGUCAGCGGCCUGCAUGCCGUCCAUCUUUUACUACACAAUGUUCCAGUUCACGUCUUUCGCAACAUUUGUCCCGUGCGGAAUCUACGCCAACGCCAACGUGGCUGAGCCCACGUGGAUUGUGGCUGUUUCCUGCAUAUACGGCACCUUGCAUGGGAUUCAUUUCGCCAUUUCUGUAUACCAGAAUAUAGCAGAUACGUCAGGCUAUUAUUGCUACAUCAACAUUUAAUAAGGAUGACAAAUUAACAAUAUGCGGUGCGAAAGUCUGCAUUUCAUAAACAACAAAACAUUUGUUGAUGGCAUGAAUUUACAAAAAUAACUGCAAUAAACAAAG